GAAGGAGGAGAUGGAGGAGGAGGUGAAAACUUAGAUUGUGCAUACUAUACAAAUAAUUCCCUCAGAUCUCAGUCACAGCUACAAACCGAACUGCACGUCUGGAGAGACUCAGUGUAUCUGCUAAUCUACUGAUGUCUGGAAAUAUAGAGAACUUCAUGUGAGGGUUUUUAUUUUGCACGUUUUUGGAUAUAAUGUGUUAGUUAUAUAUUACAAUUAGUUUUCUAUUCUAAUGGACGCUGCAUGAAGUUUUAUAUUUAAUAAAUAUUUGUGGCAAUCUUGACGUGCUGAAAUAAGGGUAAAAAUUGUAUACUAGUUGGAAUAUUUGAAAGGGGUGUUUUGUAAACCUUGUGCACCUGUGAAUGCAUAAACACAUUCAUAAAUGUCAAACAAUACAAGACUUUGUGACAUAUUAGGGGCAAAUAUUGAUUUUUAUUUUACUAUUGUUAAAGACAUUAGAAUGGAGUUACCAGGAAUUAUAACGGAUUUUCUGCAGCUAUCGAAGGAGAAAAUUUUGCUGUUUUGCCUUGCGGUCUCGGUCGCGGUCCACUUGCUGGCCGGUUUGGUGCGCCACUGGAGCGUGCGGACUUUACCGGGGCCGUUUUCGUGGCCGAUCGUCGGUAAUGCACCGCAAAUGGGCAACUACCCGCACAUUUACUUUACGCGCAUGGCGCAGCAAUACGGCAACGUGUUUCAGAUCAAGCUCGGCAACCGGCCCGUGGUGGUCCUUAACGGCGACGCCAUCCGACAGGCGCUCGUGCAGAAGGGUGUGGAUUUCGCCGGCAGACCCGAUUUCGCCUCUUUCCGCUUCAUAUCGGGCGGUCGCAGCAUGGCAUUCGGUAAUUACAGCGAAUGGUGGAAGGUGCACCGACGGGUAGCGCAAGCCACAGUGCGCAAGUUUACCACGGGAAACCCGGACACCAAGAAAGCCAUCGAGAACCACGUCGCGAGUGAGGUGAAAGAGCUGAUCGAGCUGUUCUUGCGCGAAACGCGCGCGCACGGCUACUUCCAGCCGCACCACUACCUCGUGGUGUCCACUGCGAACAUCAUAAGCGCCUUGUGCUUCGGGAAACGAUACUCGCACGACGACGCCGAGUUUCAGCAGGUGGUGGGGCGCAACGACAAGUUCACGAUGACAGUGGGCGCCGGCAGCAUCGUGGACGUAAUGCCGUGGCUCCAGUACUUUCCCAACCCCAUCAAGACACUGUUCGACCAGUUCAAGGAACUCAACGUAGAGUUCUAUGAAUUCAUGCUGGCCAAGGUUGUGGAGCACCGCAAGACCAUGGAGCCGAGCAUCGUCCGGGACAUGACGGACGCGCUCAUAAUGACGCUGGACCGCGGCAAGUCUGGGCCCCCCGGCGUCCUACUGGAUGGGAAAUACGUGCCCCCGACCAUAGGGGAUAUCUUCGGCGCGAGCCAAGACACCACUUCCACCGCGCUGCAGUGGAUUCUUCUGUUGCUCGUGAGGUAUCCAGAUAUUCAGAAGACACUUCAGGAGGAAGUGGACAGAGUCGUAGGCAGAAAUCGUCCACCUUCCAUCCAGGACCAACCGAAUCUCCCAUAUGUGAUGGCUUUCAUCUAUGAGAUGAUGCGUUUCAGCAGUUUCAUCCCUGUGACAAUCCCUCACAGCACAACUGCAGACACAUCCAUUAAUGGAUAUCCCAUUCCCAAAGAUACUGUGGUUUUCAUCAAUCAGUGGUCACUUAACCAUGAUCCAAGAAAGUGGGAUCAGCCUGAGGUCUUUAACCCACUGCGCUUCCUGGAUGAGGGGGGGGAACUAAACAAAGAUAUGACUGGCAAUGUUUUAAUCUUCUCUAUGGGAAAGAGGAGGUGUAUUGGAGAGGAGCUGUCCAAAAUGCAGCUCUUCCUCUUCAUUACACUUCUGAUACACCAGUGCCACUUUACAGUAGAUAAACAACCCACUAUGGACUGCAUGUAUGGGCUAACACUGAAGCCCAACCCAUUCAAAGUAGCCGUAACUCUGCGUGACUGAUUGCAUGGAACAAAAAAGGAGAGCUGACCAUCUUCUUGAGCAGUGUUUGAAUGAAGAUUAUAAAUGAACUAUGAACACUAACUCAACUAAAAACUCACAACAAUUGUUCAACAAAAUGGUUAAAAACUGAACAUUUUAACCAGCGGAUUAGGUUAAAUGUCUUUAGUAUCAGUUUUAGGGGAACACAUUGCUAUUAGCAUCUAACCCUUUGUACAAAGAUGCUGUGUAACAGGGUAAAAAAUAUCCCGUAAGUGUGAUCAAACCAUACAGCAUACAUUACACAUUAAAACAUUACACAUUAAAGAGUGCAAUCCUAUCAUUAUAUAUUUAUACACACAUUAAAAGUCAGUUUUUGAACUGCAACAAAUGGGUUAAAAGUUUCAUAAAGAAAAGUAAAAUCAGAGAAUAUUCACAUCAUUGCCUCCACAUCAUUAAUUAAGAUCUUAGCAGUAAUUUACAUUUCCAGCAUUUGGCAGAUGCCCUUAUCCAGAGUGACUUACAUUUAUAUUAUCUCUAGUACAACUGAGCAGCCAUGGGCUAAGGGCCAUGAUCAGGGUCCCAGAAGUGGCAGCUGGGAUUUGAACUCAUGACCUUCGGAUCCAGGUCCAAUACCUUAACCACUAAGCUACCACCGCCAAAUUUAGCUUACAAACGUUUCCUUUUGUGCCAAACUGUAACUUUAAUCCUAAAAACAAGGGAAAAUAUAGUUGUUAUUAUAAAGACUAAUUUGUCCACAUAGAACACAAGAGAUGCUACAAAAGAUUUACCCUUUUUAUUGAAUAGAACACAGAUGGCAAAUACACUUUUUUUUCUAAGGUUGUCUGUAAGGUUACAUUAAAAACUAGAGAGAAAUUUGAGCUAACGUAAAAAGUCUAAUUGGUGAACUCCUCCUAAGUCCUCAUUUUGGUGCUGUAGACAUCUCCAAGCAAACAAAAAGUCCUUGUUAAUUCAGGAAUAAAACAAAAUCAUUAGGGACACUGCAUCGAUUUACCAAUCAAUACAAUGCACUAUUCAUUCCCCUAAAAACAUUGAGACAUAACCCAAUCCUCACUCAAACUAAUGCCUAUGGUUUUAACUAGGCACAUUUGUUUAAUGUAUGAAACAUGAAGGUGGCCUAAGGUAUAAUAAACAAUGAAGCAGACAUUUUUUAUCAGGUAAAACAUAAUGUAUGUGUAUAAUAACAUGUUAAUAUAUUUAUGUAAUAACACUCUGGCAAUUCAUUGUGAUUUAAAGUUAAACUAUAUAACUAUGUCAUUUGUGCCAUGUAAACAUAAAUGCACUGACACAAUAUAGCAAGGCAAAGUUUAAAUCUCUUGUAGAGCCCAUGCCUGUCCACCUGUUUUCACCUGUAAUCAUGCUUGUCCACAUCUAAUCAUGCCUGCAUUCUAAUAGACACCUGUAGCAUCUUGUAGAAUGCAGUAGUGAUUAGAGAUGGUAACAGGGGUGUGUCAGGACUCUAAAGAUUGUCAUUGUUCUAUAUUGACAUUGGAUUGUCUACAUUUCCUCAGAAGUUGAUAGCUGAGCCCUGAUUAUUUUCUGGGUGCUGCUGACUGUUGCAGGGCAUGUCUUUAUAUGGUAGUGUAGCUGGUGUUUAGUCGUUAUAAUAAUGUAGAAGAAGAUAUUGAGCAAUCCUCACAGAUCAGCAAAUUUAUAGACAAAGAGACUGAUCAGCCAUGAAUCCUGGAAAAACUAUUAAUCUUUUGGAGAUUCUCUGACUCAGUCAUUUAGCAGGUCACCUGACAGGUGCGACUGUAGCAAGAACAUUAAUGUUAUUUAAUUCUCCUGGCAAUGGCUUUAAUAUUAAUGCAGAUUAGUGUAUAUUAAUCUACACAUGUACUACUAUAUAUUUCAAUGAUUCCUUCUUGUUUUUUACUUUCUGUUUUUCAAUCUUCAAGAGUCAGCAUAUUGGGCUAAUAAGUAUUAAUUAAUAAGUGUUAGCAUCAUAAAUCAUUCACUAAUUGCUUACAUUAAAAUUUCUGAGAUACUGUAACUGCUGUAGCUAACAUAUUUGAAUAAAAUAUUCCUAUACUUCUAUUGUAAUAUUACCCCAAUUCCAAGAAAGUUGGGAUGCAGUGUAAAAUGUAAAUAAAAAAUCAGUAUGUAAUGA